ACAGAAUCAACAAACUGCGUUUUCCGUCAUAUUCGCCUAAUUGUUGCCGGUGUUGAUGUUCAGGGAAUAGCUGCCAGGCAUUGCUCAGAUACAGCUCCAUGGAAGAUUCAGCGCCACAAGGAGCCACCGAUGCUCAACUUGGAGCUGCUGCACCGUGUGAAUCUUGGCCUACUUCCGCCCAGAGCUACGAAUUGAUUGGAAAAAUAGGACAGGGUGCUUUUGCGACCGUCUGGCGAGCUCACGUUUCAGAAAAAAAAGCCUGCGCGGUCAAAGUGCUGAAUUUGGAUCAUGUCGACACUAACUUGUCCGAGAUACGGCAGGAAGUACAAGCAAUGCGACUUUCUGCACACCCAAACGUGCUCACAUGCCACACUGCUUUCGUUAGCAAUACGCAGCUCUGGCUCGUCACGCCACUUAUGCGCAAAGGCAGCUCCUUGCAUUGUCUACAAACUGCCCGACGUGUGAUGAGAACACAGCAGCAGCAACAACAGCAACAAGAGGGCGAAGCACGUGUUACGCCAAGUAUGGAAGAUCACAUUCUUUACAUCUUACACGAAACUCUGCUCGGGUUACAGUACAUCCACGAAAACGGACAAAUACAUCGCGAUAUUAAGGCUGGCAACAUUCUGCUGGAUGGCAACGGCGAUGUUCGGAUUGCAGAUUUUGGUGUGUCCGGCUGGUUAGUUCAGGCUGGAUCGCAGCAAGAAAAGGCUAAGACCUUUGUUGGCACCCCUGCGUGGAUGGCGCCUGAAGUAAUGGAACAGGUACACGGAUACGACACAAAAGCAGACUUGUGGAGUCUAGGGAUCACAGCCCUGGAACUUGCGAAGGGAUAUGCACCGUAUGCCAAGUACCCACCCAUGAAAGUUUUGAUUCUCACCAUUCAGGAAGAUCCUCCUUCAUUGGACUCCUACGAUGAAGAUGAGGACGACGACGAUUGCGUGGACGAAGAGUUCUCCACAGACUUUCGCUCACUAGUUUCUUUAUGCUUGCAGCGCAAUCCCUCUAAACGACCGACGUGUCGUGAGUUGCUC